CAAUUGAGGGAAUUCUCCAAGAUGUUGCAAAGAGCAGAGAGAGAGGGAGAGGUGAGGUUUGCAACACUCAGCCUGGGUUUCAUUGAGGAUAAUACAGCCAGCUCUUGGAAGAUCACCCUUCAUCUGGUCACUUCUUCUGAAGCGUGGACUUUUUUAUAAUAGUGGGAGGCUUUUUUUUGGUAUUCAUUCCUCUCGAGGUAGUUCCAAUGCCUAAAAACAUCGUUUAAGCCCUGGCGGCAGCUUGGACUUUCGAACGUUUAGAGUUGGGUUGGGAGCGACAGAGGUGGAUAUUCGAUGGACAUCACAACAUCGUGUUUCUUUGUACAGCCCUGGAUUUACCCCCAGCUUCGAUCCGCGCCCGGACUUGCCCCGGAUUUCUUGCUGAUCUCUUCCCUGCACUGUGUGUCGGCGAUGUGAUCCGCGACUCGUACCUUCCUUGCCGGUGGUGAGAAACCGAAAGUCUUCGCUCCCUUUUUGGCGAUGUUUCCAAUCUGAAUUAUCUCCCUCCCGACUGCCGUUCCAUCCCACGGCUUCACGCAAGUGCGUUUCUGGAGCACUUCUGUUUGUCAUUUUAUUUUAUUUUUAAAUAAACAACAACAACAAAAAACCAGUGGGACAGUUUUGAGUGGAACAGCAUCCAAGGAUGUAUCCACAAGGCAGGCAUCCCGCACCUCAUCAGCCGGGACAGUCUUUUAAGUUCACGGUGGUGGAGACCUGCGAUCGCAUCAAGGAGGAGUUUCAGUUUCUGCAGGCGCAGUAUCAUAGCCUCAAGCUGGAAUGCGAGAAGCUGGCCAGCGAAAAGACAGAAAUGCAACGGCAUUACGUCAUGGUAUGUACUCAAUACUAUGAAAUGUCCUAUGGAUUGAACAUUGAAAUGCAUAAACAGGCGGAAAUCGUGAAGAGACUUAGCACAAUAUGUGCACAAAUUAUACCUUUCCUCUCCCAAGAGCACCAGCAACAAGUGGUCCAGGCAAUAGAGCGGGCCAAACAGGUCACCAUGGCCGAGCUGAAUGCCAUCAUUGGGCAGCAGCAGCUUCAGCAUCUGUCUCAUCACGCACCUCCAAUUCCGCUCACUCCCCACCCAUCAGGGUUGCAGGUAGCAGGGAUUCCGUCGCUGGGCGGUGGCUCGGGGCUCCUGGCUCUCUCCAGUGCCCUUGGAGUCCAUGCCCACUUGGCAAUGAAGGAAGACAAGAACCACCUGGACAUGGAACAUCACAGAGACGGAGAUCGGGACGCCAGCAGAAGUAAAUCGGUGUCUCCCUCUGACAGUCUCCGAGCUGAAGACAGGCACCGAGGCUCGCUCGAUUACACCACCGAGGGCAAGAAGAGGAAGUGUGACGACAAAGACUCGGUGGGACAUUACGACAGUGACGGCGACAAGAGUGAUGAUAACUUAGUCGUGGAUGUUUCAAAUGAGGACCCGUCGUCUCCACAGGGCAGCCCAUCCCACUCGCCCCGGGGGAACGGGCUGGACAAGUUCCACCUGCUGCGCAAGGACGCCCCCAGCAGCCCAGCGUCGCUGGCCUCCUCACGUAGCACGCCGCCCACCAAGUCUAAGGAGCCAGGCCUGAAUGAGAAGGCCACCACUCCAGUCUCGAAGUCCAUCACCCCCACACCCCGGAGUGAUUCCUUAACUCCCGGACCCAGCUCUGCGUCUCGACUGCGACAGAUGUCCAAUAAAUCCAGUGUGGACGCUUUGGGUCUAAGGAGCCCACUCACCGUACCCGGUCCCUACGCGACACCGUUUGGAAUGAUGGCACACGCGGGAAUGAAUGGGGAGUUAGCCAGCCCCGGGGCCUACGCAAGCCUCCACAUCUCACCUCAAAUGAGCUCAGCGGCCGUGUAUUGCCGAUCACCAAUGGUUGCUUUUGACUCACAUCCUCAUAUGCGUGCCUCAGGACUUCCUCCGAGCCUGCCCACCAUACCCGGGGGAAAACCGGCGUACUCAUUCCACGUAAGCGCCGACAGCCAGAUGCAGCCGGUCCCGUUUCCGCCUGACGCCUUGGUGGGGCCGGGAAUUCCCCGGCAUGCCCGGCAGAUCAACAACCUGAAUCACGGUGAGGUGGUGUGUGCCGUGACCGUCAGCAACCCCAUGCGGCACGUGUACACCGGUGGCAAAGGGUGCGUGAAGGUGUGGGACAUCAGCCAGCCCGGCAGCAAGAGCCCCGUCUCCCAACUCGACUGCCUGAACCGGGACAACUACAUCCGCUCCUGCAAGCUGCUGCCCGACGGACGCACUCUGAUCGUGGGCGGGGAGGCCAGCACGCUCUCCAUCUGGGACCUGGCGGCUCCAACUCCACGGAUAAAGGCCGAGCUGACCUCGUCUGCGCCCGCUUGCUACGCCCUCGCCAUCAGUCCCGACGCCAAAGUCUGCUUCUCCUGUUGCAGUGAUGGCAACAUUGCCGUGUGGGACUUGCACAACCAGACCCUGGUCAGGCAGUUCCAGGGACACACGGACGGAGCCAGCUGCAUCGACAUUUCAAACGACGGGACCAAGUUGUGGACCGGUGGCCUCGAUAACACCGUCAGGUGCUGGGACCUGAGGGAGGGGCGGCAGCUCCAGCAGCACGACUUCACCUCACAGAUUUUCUCGCUGGGCUACUGCCCGACCGGAGAGUGGCUUGCCGUCGGCAUGGAGAGCAGCAACGUGGAGGUGUUGCACGUCAACAAGCCAGACAAGUACCAGCUUCACCUGCACGAGAGCUGCGUGCUAUCACUCAAAUUUGCCUGCUGCGGUAAAUGGUUUGUGAGUACUGGCAAGGACAACCUGCUGAAUGCAUGGAGGACUCCCUAUGGAGCCAGUAUAUUCCAGUCGAAGGAGUCAUCUUCCGUGCUGAGCUGCGACAUUUCAGUGGACGACAAGUACAUUGUUACUGGCUCGGGAGACAAGAAGGCGACGGUCUACGAGGUGAUUUACUGAACGGCCACCUUUACAAAGCAAGAAACCUAAAGGGACACUGAGCUGUUAGUGGACAUUGGAUUUAAUGAGGGACAGGUCAUCGACAGCUACUGCCAAAGCAGACUGCAUUUGUACUGUUAAAAGCUGCAAUAUACUAUAGAGUGAAAUCUUCGGAUAGUUAGGCAACAUUAGUAAAACUGUCAUUGGGGAAAGUGUACAUAUUUCUGAACAGAAUUUGCAAUAGGCGUUGCAGCCACAGAUGAUCAUUCAUUAAUGAAGUCCUUCAUACUGUCUUUACCUUUGGAAAGCGGGACUCCUCUUGUAUUUAAUUGUCCAACAAUGUCUUGGGGACAAAUGCACUGUGCAGAACUACUUUAUGAUUUAAACAGUAGUGUCUACAUGAAGUUUAGAAUGCUAUUGUCUAAGACCCAUCUCUAACCCUACUCUUCAUGUCCUGUCUAAUUAGUGUCACUAACUCUUACGCAAGGCACUACUUCUACAGUUCUUUACCACAGGAGAUAGAAGUUUCUGGUGAACUUUUAGCUCAUCCUGUGAUCACAUUUGUAAAGCAGUCACCGUUCAGGAUGGAACUUGAGGCAGACUGUGCUGCUUCGAGUUCAACAAUUCACUGGCAGUGGAAGCAGUCAAAGGCAAUUGGAAAGGCACCAGAUGGAAAAUGAUUUGGGGUAAGCGCAGGUGGCUGAGACUCCCGAGACGACUUGAAUGGUUAAUGGUGUUAGUGCCCUCCUUAAGUGCGAAGGCAAUUAAUUCUACACUUACAGCUUCAACCAUUGAUGUAAUUAUUCACCUGGUCCCUUGUUCCCCACUGAAAGGAAGGAUGCCUUUCAUUACCAACUUCUUAACCAGCAUUGUCAAAUGCUAAGGGUCAUGCCACAAGCCCGGCAGGCUAACGCAGCUGCCUGACCUCAGCUGCUGUCUGUGUGGAGUUUUCACGUUCUCCACGUGGGUUUCCCUCCCGCAUCCCAAAGACUAUUGGGUUUGUAGGUUGAUUGGUCUCUCUAAAUUGCCCCUGGUGUGUGAGGAGUGGGAUAGCAUAGAACUGCUGUGAGGGGGUGAUCGAUGGGUCAUUGGGUCAGUUUCCACGCUGCAUCUUGCAACCCCCCCCCAAACUAAUUUUCAAACCAUCUCCUCACGGAAAGUAGGAACGUUGGUGAAUGCAAGUCGUUUUACGAUGCUGGGUCUUGUUCCUUGUGAGCAAAUACAAGAGCAUUGGUGCAGCAGCAUCAAUGCACCGACCGGCAACAAAAGGCCCCAUAACACAUGCAUACACACUUGUAUCGAGCUGGCAGAGGAAAGGAUCGGUGAGUACUGAUUCAGAGAUUAGCGAAAGGUGAAUGGAGAGACUGAACAUGUGAUGUACUAUACUAUAUUGCAGCUUCUAUAAAAAAUACAUGCACCCAAAUGUGCAUUUCUAGAACAAGCUUUUCUUUUGUACAGGCCUCUGUAAGUGACUGACUGUAGAACCAUGCUGUAUAGUAAAUAAACUAGCCAAUUAAACACGUA